CCGGCGAGAUCCUGUGGGAGCAUCUGGAGGACAUGAGGAGAGGUGAAACACUCAUUCCUACUCGUCUAAAAUAUUUGAGAACGAAUACGACUGCAGCUCGACUUUAACCAUGUGCACAUUAUCGUCUUACUGCCAGCUGCAAACAAACAAAGAAAACUUCUCCGACUACGUUCACGAUCAUCCAGACAAACACGCUUAUCAUGCUCAGUACCAUCACGCCGAGCGGACGGAGUUGCACGCUCUGGACUCUGUGAGCGUCCAACAUCAGGAUUAUUAUCUCCUCAAAUCUGAAGACCCGACGAGCAGCCUGAACGCAGAUCUGCUGCUCGAAGCAGGAGAGACGGACUCAGAGGUGGAGAUUUCUCACAGUGACGACUCCGACAUCAUGGGCUCUCUGUCGUGGACAGCUCCACUCCGGGAAAUUGAUCCUAUGACGGAGGAGAACAUGUCGGAAGGCGUCUUCGUUUUGCCACAGACACACCGGAGCUUCAAAGAAUACGUCGGAAACAAAACCGACCUCGGCCGAGCCGUGAUCCCAGCAGCCAUCCUCGCUGGGUACACAGGAAGUGGUCCAAUCCAGCUGUGGCAGUUUCUCCUGGAGCUCCUCACAGAUCGGAGCUGUCAGUCGUGUAUCAGCUGGACGGGAGACGGCUGGGAGUUCAAGCUGACCGACCCCGAUGAGGUGGCACUGCUGUGGGGUCGCAGGAAGAACAAACCCAAGAUGAACUACGAGAAGCUGAGUCGAGGUCUGAGAUAUUACUACGACAAAAACAUAAUCCGAAAGACAGCCGGAAAGCGCUACGUGUACCGCUUCGUCUGCAACCUGCAAGGCCUGCUGGGAUACGAGCCCGGGGAGCUGCAUGCCAUGUUGGACAUCUGCAACAACAGUCAGUGAUGAUGUCAUCAAAAAAGAGACAAUUUUUUAUACAAGAUACUUUUGUAUGAGUUUAUUAAUGAGAACUGCCUGAGGCUCUGAGUGUGUGUGUGUGUGUGUGUGUGUGUGUGUGUGUGUGUGUGUGUGUGUGUG